AUGGAUAAGGAUUUUAUCAAAAAUAACUUACCUUCCUGCUUAAGUGAAUGUAAAAAAUUAUUCUACUAAUCAAGAAUUAAUUUUUAUAAUUAGUUGUUUAAAUUUCUGAUCGGCUCCCACGAGCCAAAGAUGGAUUUCAUGCGUGAAAAUCCAGAAAUUCCACGCGGAAACCCAUUUUUGGCUCGUGGGAGCCGAUCAGAAAUUAAGCCAAAAGAUUAUAAAAUUUUAGAUUAAAUAAAUUCGUAUGUUUUCAAGUCUUCCAGUUUGCAUAUUUGAAAGCAAUAAGAAGUUUAAUUAAUAAAAUUAUACUUAAGAAGGGGUUCUAAAAUUUUAAAUAAUAAUUAUUAAUUAUAUAAAAUAUUUUACCAAAAUAAUUAUCUUAAUAGAUUUAUCUCACUCAUAGGUAAAGGGCUAGAAGUUUCAAGGUUUAGUUUUAAUCCUAAAGAAAGUAUCUCCAAUAAUCAAUGCUCACCUGAAGACUUCAAUUUUUAUUUAACUUCACUACCGCUCCCUUACGAUUCAGAGUCAGCUCGACACUCUAUGAGCGGCUCAUUUGAAGGUGAUAGUGCACAACCAUUUGAUUUUACACUCAGCAAGCAAAACGAGCGAAAAGAGUCAAAGAAACCUACACUAGAUUCUGAUACAAUGAUGCAAUAUGAAGAUCUCGAAUACGAUAGUAGGCUGCAGAGAACCGUUAGAGAGUUUGAGGACUGUGAGAUGUUUCGCCCUCAAACUCCUCAAUCUCAAACCCCUAUAAAACAAUAUGACGACCUUGCCAGAAGCGAAAAACAUUUUGAAUUUUUAUCGCCUUAUGAGCCAUCCACCACUUAUUCAGAAAAACCAAAGUUUCUUUCUACUGGUUAUUCCUUGCAGAGCUUACACAUUGAAUCUGCAUCAGAAGUGGAUGUUCUUUGUAUAAACUGCUAUGAAUGUAUACCGGCCGAUUCUGUCGAUUCACAUUCCUCAGUCUGUUUCAAGCCAGUGCUUGAAGAAACCUCCAACUGCGCGGUCGAAAUAAGGGUACGAAAACUAUUGAAUUCUAUAAGGCUCAAAAAACAAGAUGCUUAUGGAGACGUAUUGCUAGUACUUAUUGACCUAGAAGAAUACGCCCAAGCAAUUUUAGAUGCUUCUAUUUGCUCUUAUACUCUUCUAGAUAAGUUGGAUUCUUUAGUCAAAACUUGUAUGCUGAUGAGGGAUGGACUCUCAUGCUCAAUAUUUGCAAAGCGGCUUAUUCAUUUAAUUGAACUUAAAGGACCAUUUGAAAGUGCAAUCAAAAGCAUAUGUGCUGAUAAAAUCAAAAUUUAUGAAGAAGAAAUGGCAAGACAGAGGCAAGAGCUAGAAAGGUGAAAACUGAGGUCAGAAAUAUUACUUGAGCUAGUUGAUGCUUUUAGACCUCAAGGCGUCAAUGAAAUCAGAAGUGACAUGGGAUCAGAAACUUUUACUAUCAGCUCAGUAUAUUCUAAAGCUACAGAAUACACUGAACAAAAAGAAGAAAAACAAUCCUCACACAGUCUUACUGAGGAAGAACUAGAAAAAUAUUUUUAUUCUAUAUGCAUAAGGAAAAAGAUGAGUUUCUCGAAAAAUCACCCAGCAAGAGAUAUAAUCAUAUGCCAUUUGUAUGAUAAAUGCAAAAGAGAAAACAUUCCGGUAGCGUUAUGGGAUGAUUUUAUAGAUGAAAAUUUACAAAAUGCGAAAUAA